AUGGGAGAAUGCACUCCCAACCCCAGUGCAUCAGCCAGUUUUGGGAAUUACUCUGUUCUCUUUGAGAUGUUCUUUGACCCCAAAUACUGUCACUUCGGCCCCCGUUCUUGGUGUUCUGAAUUUCACGAGGUGGGGAAGGGCCGGGACGCGGGGCGGGGUGGGGAACGGGUGUGUGUGGAGAGGGCUGCCAGGUUCUGCCCCUUAAAGUCGGGGGCUGAAGGAGGCGGCACCCCAGUCCGGAGAAAGCGUUGCUCGUCUGAGAGCAGCUGCGGGUCCAGAGGAGAGUCCUCGGGAAAGUGGGAGGGAAGGAGGAAGGGGGAGGGGGGACGAGACCCCUGCUGCGGCCCGCCGGGGCGCGGAGUCCAGGCCAGGAGGGCCAGGCCCGCGGCUCGCUGCCCGCCGCUGCCCUCCGCUCGGCGGGGGACGGCCCCGGGGCUCGACGGCUGCGGGGGCUGCCGCGUCUGCGCCGCGGCCGAGGGCGAGGCCUGCGGCGGGGCGCUCGGCCUGCCGUGCGCCGCUCGCGCCCCGGCUCCUCGCCGGUGGGGGGCGGCCGCGUGCGGCGGCGACGGGCGCACCUACCCCAGCCUGUGCGCGCUCCGCGCCGAGAACCGCGCCGCGCGCCUCCGUGGCGCGCUACGGGCCGUGGCGGUGCGGAAGCGGGACUGUGAAGCCCCAGGGACCAGAAGCCCAGGCUGACUCAGGAGCAAGUACAUCUUCAUCGCCGCCGUGAUGGAGACGGUGGCCCCGUCCGUGGUCCACUUACAGCUGUUCCGCGGGUUGCCUCUCAGCAGUGAGGAUAUUCCUGCAUCCAGUGGCUCUAGGUUCAUAGUGUCUGAGGAUGGGCUUAUUGUUACCAAUGCCCAUGUCCUCACGAACCAGCAGCGGAUCCAGGUGGAGCUCCAGAGUGGGGUCCAGUAUGAAGCCACUGUCAAGGACAUUGACCAUAAAUUGGAUCUUGCCCUGAUUAAAACUGAGCCAAAUACUGAACUUCCUGUAUUGCUGCUGGGAAAGUCAUCUGACCUGCGAGCUGGCGAGUUCGUGGUGGCCUUGGGUAGCCUGUUUUCACUGCAGAACACAGUGACGGCAGGCACUGUCAGCACCACACAGCGAGGGCAAGAGCUGGGGCUGAAGGAUUCAGGCAUGGACUAUAUCCAGACGGAUGCCAUAAUUAAUCACGGGAAUUCUGGGGGGCCUCUGGUGAAUUUGGAUGGUGAUGUGAUUGGCAUAAACACACUGAAGGCGACCACAGGAAUCUCCUUUGCAAUUCCCUUGGAUCGCAUUCGACAGAAAGGAAAGGCUGUUUCACAGAAGAAAUAGCUGGGUCUGCACAUGCUGCCCUUCACUAUGAACCUGCUGCAGGAAAUGAAAAGGCAAGAUCCAGAUUUCCGUGAUGUGACCUCUGGAGUUUUUGUAUAUGAGGUGAUUCAAGGAACAGCUGCUGAAAGCUCUGGGCUGAGAGACCAUGAUGUAAUAGUCAGCAUAAACGGACAACCUGUCAUGACAACCGACGUGACUGAAGCUGUUAAGGCCAGUGAUUCCCUUUCUAUCCUGGAUCGUUGGAGAAGUCAAACGUUGGUCCUGACAGUCACACCUGAAAUAAUCCAUUACGUGUCUUGCUUUAAAAAGAAAUGAUCUAACAAAACCAAAGCUUUAUUACCUGGUUUGUAUUGAAGAUGUGCCAAAGGUGGCAAGGGGUUUUAGGAUCUCUUUCUUAGAAAGGAAAAUGAACGCUUUAAAACACAUAUACACACACUCCGGAACCAUUAGGUUGGGGGUGUUAUAACUGCUGCUAAGAAGCAUUCCUAAGGCAAGUGGAAGAAGGACAUGGUGCCAGGAAGUCUGGGGAGCUGAUAAAAUUUUAUUUAAAGACAGGAAACAACUGAAAACAGGCAGAGUUUCUAGUUUAACCUUGACAAAAAGGACACUUCAGUGUUUAAAAACUUCUCUAUAGCCACAAACUGGAUAUAACACAAACAUACACAAACAAAUAGAUAUAUCUACCAAAUAUUAAGAAACAAACUGAAUCCAGAGUAAAAAGGAAAUCACAUUUUUCACAAUAUUCCUUUAUUCAAAUAGUUUUUCAGGUUGUAUCACAUUUGGCCAGGGUUUGUGAAUACAGAGGAUGGGCAUCACCUAGAAGCCACACUGAAACUGACAAAUGUGGAUCAUCACAGAGGAAUGUAAAGAUUCUCAGACUGUCACCUAGCAGUGGAAACAACUUUGAUCCCCAUCACCUUUUCUGUGAGAAGGGCUUCUUCUAUAAAAUACAACAUUUAAUAACUUACAGACUUUUACCUCUUUACCCAAGCUCUUCCUCCUGGAAACAUUAAUGAUUAAUGAUUUUGAGUCUGAAAGCUGCCACAGUUUAUUUUUUAUUUUUAAAGGAAAAUAGCUUUUGAUGGGGCUUGUGAAUAUCCUUAAGGAGAUUUUUUUUUUUUUUUUUUUUUUUUUUGUGAGAUGAAGCAGGAUUUGUGGUUUUAAAGUAGUAUCUUAUUUGGGGUAAGAUUUCAAUUUUAGUUUAUUUUCCAGAUUUUUCUUAGAAGUUUUUUUUUUUCUUUCUUUUUCUUUUUAAAAGGGGGCAUCCUUGAACCCUCUUAAGUUCUAUGCAAAAUUUUAUGUUUCUGUGCAUUUUUCUGGGGAGAAGGUCCAGUUUCUUCAUGACCCACAAUUUAAAAUAUACUGCCUUAGAGUGUAGAGAUUAUAAAUAAGAAUCUAUCAAUUAUUACUGUUAUAAAGAAGGUUAAGGUCAACGUGGUACAGAACUUUCAGGACAAAACAGAAUAACCUGUUUUAACUUUUACAUAAUUGCCACCAUUUAAUACCGUAAGAACAGUGGUCAUAUAAAUCAGAGAUAAUAAAGCUGAAACUCUUAGGAAAACUUCAUAACGAUAGAGCAUAUUCAGAGUUUUUUUUUUUUUUUUUUUUUUUUGCGGUACGCGGGCCUCUCACCGUUGUGGCCUCUCCCAUUGCGGAGCACAGGCUCCGGACGCGCAGGCCCAGCGGCCACGGCUCACGGGCCCAGCCGCUCCGCGGCACGUGGGAUCCUCCCAGACCGGGGCGCGAACCCGGUUCCCCUGCAUUGGCAGGCGGACGCGCAACCACUGCGCCACCAGGGAAGCCCCAGAGUUAUUUUAACUGGGAUUCUUGGUCUUUAUGUCAAUUAUUAUGAGACUAAACUUUGAGCAGUUCUACCUUGAUUGUUUCUAGAAUUUAUAACUUGCCCAAAUAGCAGGCUCUUAGUUUGAUUUACCUUACAAACCCCAUUUUUACCUUAUAUUCUUUUCAACUCAGAUUGCAAGGGAUGGGAACUAAGUUUUAAAAGCCACUUAUAAUUCAGAACAUUUUCUUUUAUUCCCAGUGAUUUGGGAACUCGAAACCUUGGCUGUCUCUUUCCCUAUGACUGAUUGCUAUAGCCCACACUGAGAGAUUUUGGUACCAUGCUUAUUUUGACAGAAUGUGUUCAGUUUCUCUUUGCCCCCCAGAUCACAUCCUAACUCUACCCAGCACUCAGUAGUAAUAUCCUUUAAGGAAGAGUCUGCUUUUCUUUCCAGGGGCCUGAGGCCCCUCAUAUUAUCUUACCUAAUCAUGAAGAACAGAUUUACAGUUACUUUAUGAAAUCUUUUUUUUUUUUAACUAGUCUACAACAUGGGCUCUCUAAACUGGUAAAUACUACUUUUUUGAUAGGAAAAGUCUGCCAAGAGGAUAGCUGAACUCAGCCAUGUUCAGCUAUCCAAAACAUAACUGGAAUGGAAAUUACUGUACUGGAUAUAUUCCCUCUCAGGCAUAAUAAUGAUGAAACAAUAGGGUUUAUUAUCAGGCUCAGUUCAAAUGCUUAGCCUUAAGCACAACAAAUAUAAUUUUGAGUUUCACUCUACCUACUGAAAACACCCAAACGAGCAUUCCAGAUUGGCAACAUUUAUUCUGCAAUUUAAAUUCAGAAAGUCUGAAUUUCAGUGUGUAUUAAAAUCCAUCGCCAUUUCUACUCCUGAAGAUUUUCAUUGGUUCAGCUUCCGAUCUCCACCGCAUGAGGACUCAGGGUCACAAAAGGCACAAGGCUAAAAAUAUUCACUU